CUCUGUAUUGUGCUUGAUACUAGCGUUUCUUUGUUAUGGCGUACAUAUGCUAUUAUAUGACUACUUGCCGCCUCGGCUACGUGUCUCUGAGUAGUGUGAUGGAUUACAAAACGCAAGCAGGUUGACAGGUGACUAACAUGCUCAGCCUAGAGAGGCUAUGCAAGCCAGGCGUCAUGGCCGUGGAGCCUAGACCAGCAUCCCCGCCGAUUACCCUGACCGGUACGGGGUCCCAAACUACACACGGAUACGGGGUGAUGGAAUCGAGACACCCAGUUUCCACCAUGCAACUCCGUUUCUCCCCAUAAGACCCUUACGUGCCCUGCCCUUCAUUCCAGCGCCGGCGAUGUGUGGGACAUGUACCUAGAAGCCCCAGGGUCGCCUCUCUUUCCUCACAAACCACUUUGCGACGGCCGUUCGUGACAAUGGCCGGAAGCCUCCACGGCCAAAUCAUCGAGUCACUGACGCCCGGGCGCGUCUUUGGCUCGCUCUUCCUCGUCUUUGUCGGCCUGCUCGUUCUCGACCACACAUGGAAGCCGACGUACCCGGAAAACAUCCCCGUUGUCGGCUACGGGAAGGGCACUCUCGCGAGCCUUCAGAACUUUUGCUACUAUGUCUUCCGCUACCGCGACUGGGUCAUCGAGGGCUACCAAAAGUACAACAAGCAGAACCGCGCCUUCGUCGUCCCCGCAGCCGCAAGCCGCGCUCCCGACAUCAUCAUCCCGCGAUCUCUCACGAAGUGGCUGCUCGAGCACCCCGAUUCCGUCGUCUCCGCGCACGAAGCGCACAACGAUGUGCUGUACAGCGACUACAACUUCCUGGGCAAGGUCUACGCCGAUGACGUCUGGCACACGCGGGUGAUCCACAAGAGCCUUGCCCGUCACCUCAGCUCUUUGGUCCCGGGCAUCGAGGAGGAGGUGGCCGUGGCCGUGGACAAGGCCUUCGGCACAGACGCCGAUAACUGGAAGACCUUGAGCCUUUGGGAGGCAUGGCUGACCAUCGUACCGCCGGUGACAAACCGCAUGCUGGUCGGCGAGGGCGUAUGCCGAAACAUUGGCUUCUGCAAGGCCAUGGUUUCAUUCGUCGACCAAGUCAUCCUCAACUGCUUCGCGCUUCACAUGGUGCCGCAGAUUAUGCUUCCCAUAUUCGGGCCUCUCAUCACGCUGCCAAACUGGUGGAUGUGGCGCAAGGCAGCCAAGCACAGCCUGCCUGUCAUAAGGAAGCGCCUCGACGAUAUGGCCAAGAAAGAGGCGGGAGAUCCGGCCUACGACGACUGGGUCGCGCCCGAAGACUUCAUCACGUGGGACAUCCGCAUGGCCAAAGCCGAGAAGAACUACUUCGAGCUCGACCCCUACGUCAUUUCGAAACGACUCUUGCCCAUACAGUUUGCAGCAAUCCACACCACCGUCAUCACCGGCCACGGUAUUGUCCUUGAUUUGCUAAGCUCGGAUCCCGCCAAGGGGUAUAUCGAGGGCAUCAGGGAAGAAGCGGCCCGCGUGCUGAAGGAAGAGGGCGGCCGCUGGACCAAGAACGGCCUGUCGCGGCUCUACCGCCUCGACAGCGCCAUCCGCGAGAGCCAGAGGCUGAGCAACUUCAGCUGUACUUUGAUGGAGCGCAAGGUCAUCGCCGAGGAGGGUAUUACAAACGAAGAGGAGGGCUGGCAUCUGCCCAAAGGGACGUUCCUGACCGUCAACCUGGAAGGUCUGCACCACGACGAUGAUCUCAACCCCAACGCAAACGAAUACGACGCCUUUCGCACAAGCCGGCAGAGGGAGGAGUAUGAAGCGAAACCGCAGUCGGAGAGGUCUCUCGAGGAGGGGCUGAGGCUGAAGAACCUCGGAAUGGUCACAACGAGUGACGCCCAUCUUCCUUUCGGGCAUGGGCGACACGCAUGCCCAGGGCGCUUUUUCGUCGCCCACGAGUUGAAGAUGGUGGUGGCCAAUCUGCUUCUCAACUACGACUUGAAGCCGAUAUCCGAACGGCCGAAACCGCAGUGGAUAGGCGUGACAGUAGUCCCGCCGGUGGAUGCGAAGAUCGAGCUGAAGCGGAGGAAAGGCACGGUUUAGAUGAGCCCAAAAUGGAUACGGUAAUGUGGCGUAAGGGUCAGGAAAAGGCAUGGGAGGGGUAGGGACACUCUAGACAUAACCAUCAGCUAACAUUGCCUAUACUUAAUGACAACAACCGGUCUCCAUACUCGAAUGCAAGAAUGGUGUUUUUCUUGCACUGCUAAUGCGUGGGUGCCUUGGAUUGUAGAACUCCUGGCACUGGUCCUCUUUAGAUAUCUCCCCUCCUCGUCCCC